AUGAGAGCUGAGUAUGGGCUUUAUGGUGGAGCGGUGACGACUUAUAUACCCAAGGGUUUCCUGGACGGCUCACUGUUGCGGGAAGUGCCUGAUACGCAAGAGGUUUAUGUGAACGGACGUCAGCCCAAUGAACAGUAUGACGAUGGGCUGGGUACCGAGGAGAGUAUCGUAAUUGAUUUGUUGGAGCAGGUGGAUGAAGCGGACUUGGGUAUGGCUUUAAGAACACAUGUGGCAGAGAUAAUGACUUUUAACGGUUCGAACUCACAGGACCGUGAGUUUGCGAGGGAAGCACCAGUCGGAGAUCAUGGUAAGGCCUGUUUAGUGGUUGAGAAGAAUCUUAUACUCUGUGUGGGUUUGGUGCGAUGGGCUGAAGUUGAUACGGAUGUGCUCAUCACUAUAAAUGUACCUGUGAAGGAGGCCAAUGACUCCAAGCAGUCAGUUGAGCUGCCGAGCACGGCCGAGGCAGCUUACCAACUGCUAUUGAGGAUGAUGAGGGAGCUUAAACUGGUAGAUAGAUCAUUUUUUGAUAGUGCGAUGGCUCGUGAGAUGCGACGCUAUCAAGUCAUAAUAAUAACGAAUAACUUUCAACUAUUUAAGAACGAACAAGACCAUCUCAAAGACCCGGUUAGAAGGUUUUAG